GUCACUUUUGUACGCCGCUUCGACCGAUAAAGUUUUAUUGUUUUGAACCGGAUCCUUUUCCGCGGCCAACAUGGCGGAGUACGACUUGACUACAAAAAUUGCCCAUUUUUUAGACAGACAUCUCGUUUUUCCUUUGCUGGAAUUCUUGUCUGUUAAAGAGAUCUACAAUGAGAACGAGCUUCUUCACGGAAAGCUUGAUCUUCUCAGCGACACCAACAUGGUGGACUUCGCCAUGGACGUGUAUAAAAGUUUGUAUUGUGAUAAAGACAUCCCAAACUCGCUGAGAGAGAAGAGGACUGCGGUCGUGGCCCAGCUGAAGCAGCUGCAGUCUGAGACGGAGCCGAUUGUUAAAAUGUUUGAGGAUCCGGAGACCACCAGACAAAUGCAGUCGACAAGAGAUGGGCGUAUGCUGUUUGACUAUCUGGCUGAGAAGCAUAGUUUCCGCCAGGAGUAUUUGGAUACUCUUUACAGAUAUGCCAAGUUCCAGUACGAGUGUGGGAAUUACUCCGGUGCUGCAGAGUACCUCUACUUCUUCAGGGUCCUGGUUCCUGCAACGGACAGAAACGCGCUGAACUCCCUGUGGGGGAAGCUGGCCUCUGAGAUCCUAAUGCAGAACUGGGAGGCUGCUAUGGAGGACCUCACCCGCCUGAGAGAGACUAUCGAUAACAACACGGUGAGCUCUCCCCUUCAGUCUCUGCAGCAGAGGACAUGGCUGAUCCACUGGUCUCUCUUCGUCUUCUUCAACCACCCCAAAGGCCGAGACAACAUUAUUGAGCUUUUCCUGUACCAGCCACAGUACCUAAAUGCCAUUCAGACCAUGUGCCCACACAUUCUGCGCUACCUGACCACAGCUGUCAUCACUAACAAGGACGUGCGCAAGCGUAGGCAGGUCUUGAAGGAUCUGGUCAAAGUUAUCCAGCAGGAGUCAUACACCUACAAGGACCCCAUCACAGAGUUUGUGGAAUGCCUGUAUGUCAACUUUGAUUUCGAUAGCGCUCAGAAGAAACUCAGGGAGUGCGAAUCGGUGCUGGUGAAUGACUUCUUCUUGGUGGCAUGCCUUGAGGACUUCAUUGAAAAUGCUCGCUUGUUCAUCUUCGAGACCUUCUGCAGAAUUCACCAGUGCAUCAGCAUAAGCAUGCUGGCAGACAAGCUGAAUAUGACUCCUGAGGAGGCAGAACGAUGGAUUGUUAACCUCAUUCGUAAUGCUAGGCUGGAUGCUAAAAUCGACUCCAAACUGGGUCACGUGGUGAUGGGAAACAAUGCCGUGUCGCCAUACCAGCAAGUGAUCGAGAAGACCAAGAGCUUGUCGUUCCGUAGCCAGAUGCUGGCCAUGAACAUCGAGAAAAAGUUGAACCACAGCAACAGGAAUGAGACACCAAACUGGGCUGCUCAGGACACAGGCUUCUAUUGAGCAGUACUGUGAGAAAACAGCCAUAUGAACUUCCUGUUACUUUCCAGCAUUCCCAUCCUGCUCUUCAUAUUGUUUUCCUUCUUAUUACACCUCAAAGUCAGAAAUUUAUUUAACCUCAAUCAAGUAAACAUGAUGUUCAAUAAAAAAUUCUCUUACAAA